AUGACCGACGAACAGAAAAUUGUCUGUUGCAAAAAUGGGCUAAAUUUAUAUGCUCAAGAGGCUUAUGGUGACUGCCAAAUUGUUGACACAUACACGAUAGUUGAUCAACGUUUGACCAAGCUCGAAACAUUACUUCCAUUGAGGGAGUGCAAAACAGAAGUCGCUGUGUUUUACACUACAGAGAAGGAAGUCAAGGUCGCACCACUGCGUGAAAUGCUAAAGGGCUAUGCCGAACGGUUAUUUGCCAGCAAAGGCGUAAAGGUCUAUUUCAAAGAGUUUUUCUUCGUCGUAAAAGAUACUGGCGUUGGAGAACAGCCCUAUGAUCCAAAUGGGAUUGUUGGAGCCGUCAAUCGAAUUCAAUACGUGCAAAAUUUGCUUAACGGGAAAAUUGAGUGGUCCCAAAAGUUCGCAAAGCCUCGUCUAGAAGAUUUUCACCGCAUCAUCUUCCCAUCUUUGGAGAGUGAUAUUAAGAAAAAUGGGGCCAUGACUGCAUACGAUAAGCCGAACAUCGUCUUUUACGAGUACAUCACGGGGAAAAUUCUUGCCGGCAUGGGUAGGGGACCUGGUUGCCAGGCGGAUCUCCUGAAGUUGGCCCAAGAGACUAAAGAUAUCACUUAUGGAAGUGUUGUGCAAGAGAAGUUUUCCGAAUGGAUUUACCAAUCAAUCAAUAACAGUGCUGAGUUCUCUGGCUCAAACUGGCACUGGAUUGUCUUAGGUCGCGAUGAAAAUUGGGUUCUGCGUGAUCGUGCAUAUUUUGUGAAUAUAUUGUGUGAUCAUAUGAUGCAACGCGGCCUGGAACAGCUGUUAAAAUGA